AUUCAUGAUAACUUCAGAGACGAUGGAGUAAUGAGUAAUGUUAAAAGUUAAAGAUUAAUUAAUAUCUUACUAGACCAACACACAGAAUAAAUUCAGUUUGAAGCAUAAUAUUUAUUAUUUAAGAUGGCAAGAAAUGAAGAAAAGCAAUUAGCAAGAUUAAAUCGAUUUUACUUGCAUCAGCAAAAAGAAGGUGAUCGUCUGAGUAGUCUGUAUUAAUUAUAUAAAUAAAUUAUAUAAUAAUAAUAAAUAGUAUUGUAUAACUUAUACAAUACUAUUAGUAUAAGUCAUAAGAAUAAGGACUCAAUAAGGAUAAAUGCAGACAGUUGUGAGUUGGUGCCAUGUCGUUUGAUCACACUGCUGCCUUCUUGGUUGCCACUUUUUUUUUUUUGCUGGCAUCCGUCCGUCACAAUGUGACGAUGGAGUGGGCUUCGUAGGACGAAAUCCACAUAGCCUGGGAUUAUUAUACUUGAAGGAUUAUAAGCUGGUCCCCAACAGCAAAUCGCCUCUCUCCACGCCGCUGGGUAACCCAAGGGAACAUCAUUGGAUGAUACAGCUUGGCACCAGUGACGUCGCAGGAGUUGUCGGAAUGUUUUCAUUGUAUCAAUGUUAUCCGCCUUUCGGGACUCCAUCUCCGGGUUAUGAUUUCAGAGUUUCCUUCUCUUAGAGUCCCAUCUACCCGGGGUGCUGGUGGUGUUUUUGCUCUAGCUGGAAUUGAACUCCAGACCACCAACUUGAGAUUUGCUCAGUUUAGACCACUCGGCCACCCAGCACCCACUACCAGUGAACUUUUAUAAUUCACUGUCACUAACUAAACCUAACCUGAAUGUGAAUGCUAAAAUGCCUAAAUGUAUCCCUAAAACUAAAUGUAUUCUUUAACCUAACCUGAACCAUAAAUUCUAAAUGAAUAUGAAUAUAUCCCUAAUGCCUAAUGAAGCUAAUGGCACCAAUUCUCUGCUUUAGCCUGUACAGUAUAGUAGUCUAGUACCUGCUGUUGUUCAAAUCCCGCGCAUUAAUACAUUAGUCAAAAUAAUAAUAUGAAAAUGCCUAAUUAUACAAGCCCAAUAUCUACUUAAGUUAUGCUGACAAUUUGAAGGCUUUAACUUUACAGGGAAAAUAGUUAUGGCAUUUUGAGUAUUGAGAAAGGGCGCUACAUUUUAAAUGAAAUUUACUUACUCUCUGUUGUUCAAAUCCUGCGCAUUAAUACAUUAGUCUAAAUAUUAAUAAGAAAAUGGCUUAUUAUAAAAUCCCAAUACCUACUUAAAUUAUGCUGACAAAUUGAAGGCUUUAACUUUACAGGGAAAAUAGUUAUGGCAUUUUGAGUAUUGAGAACAGGCGCUAUGUUUUUAAAGAAAUUUACUUAACCUCUGUUUGUCAAAUCCAGCGGAUUAAUACUUAUAUGGAAAUGGCUUGUUAUAAAAGCCCAAUACCUAAUUAAACUGUGCUGAAAAUAUGAAGACUUUAACUUUACAGAUAAAAAAGUUAUGGCAUUUUGAGUAUUGAGAGCAGGCGCUACGUUUUUAAUGAAAUUUAUGUACCCUCUGUUCGUCAAAUCGCACACAUUAAUAUGUUUAUUGUAGGGGUGUGCCGGAAUCCGGUUCCGCCGGAUUUUGCACUAUCCGGUGAAAUCUGGUUCCGCCGGAUUUACAUGUAUCCGGAACAACCGGAUUCCGGAAUAUACCGGAUUUCGGAAUUUGCCAGAUUUUGUGACUCACCGGAUCAUAAUCUGAAAUAAAAGUAAUUCUCUUUCCCGAAUUCCACACGAUCACGAUACAUUAAUCGAUUGUUUCGAGCGUUGAGCUUGUUUAAUGUUUAAUAUUCCGUACAUACCAGAGGCUAGAGUCAGCACCGCUAAUAGUGGCCAAUAGUGUAGGGACUUUGAUAAGAAAAUUUAAACUUUUUGUAAAAAUAAACCAAUGGCAUAGUUGAAAAGAUGUAAUUUUUUAAAGAAUUAUAACACCAAAAUCAUAUUUUUAGCUGUUGUAGUUUUAAAGUUAUGAAUUUUUAAAGUACGACUUGGUUUGUCAUUUUUUAACAUGGACUGCAUCUCCACAUUCUGUGAUCUCAUUCCACCAAUCCCGUCAUGCGCAAUGACUAUAUAGUUUAUAUAAGGCAACGCAUUCCCUGCCUUAUCACUAAAAUACUGUUUAGACUUAGUUUAAACUUUCAACUUUGGCACAUGAAUAAUUAAUUAAAGCUUUCCCUGACCAAUGGUUUAAUAGUUUUUGCACACGGCAAACUCUUAUGAAUGAAACUCUGAGGUAGUACUACGAUACAGUUAUGCAAGUGGCUGUGAAUGGUUGCCAAUGACAACGUGUUGCACACGGUAAAUUCUGAUCAUUUAUAAUAUGGAUUCUACCGGGUUGUUAAAGCUCAAAUUAAAACAUUCCAGUUUAAAUGUCUUUAAAUGCAUUCUGAAACACAAGUUAUCAAUUAUUUUGAUGUAAAUAGUGAUAAUAUAUUAAUAUUUCCUAAGUAUCGUCAACUUCCGCCAUUAAAAAGGGGGGCGUGGCCAACCCCAUGGCGAAAUUAGGUUGAGCGAGCUGCAUGACCUGCUGCGAACGCGUAGAAACAUGGCGUCUCUCGUAAGACACUUAUCCAAAUGGAACGGAACUCAAAUAUAUAUCGAAAGUACUAAUUUAAUAAUAAAUAGACACACACAUCGGAAAAUUAAAAACUCGGAUUUUUUGGCGCCGAUUGCGAAUUCCCAUACACAAAAAGUAGUAGUCCACCUUGACUUACCGAAGUAUCUACCAAUAGUACCAAAAUCCGGAUUAUUCCGGAAUCAGGAUUAUUCCGGAAUCCGAAUCCGGAUCCGGCGGAUUUCGCAUAAGAAAAUCCGGAUCCGGUUGGAAAAAACGGAUCCGGCACACCCCUAGUUUAUUGUAGUAUUUGCAUAACAAUGAUGUAUUAUUAAAGCCAAAAACUUAAUUGAAAUGCGUUGCAAAUUUCAAAGCUUUAACUUUGCUGAAUAAAAAGUUGUCGCAUUUUGAGUGUCAAAGAUGUCUUUUUUCGGUCACAAAAUUUUUGAAAAUAUUUACUAAGGCUAUAUAAGGAAAAAUUCUGACACUAAAAAUGCGAUAACUUUUGUUCUACUUAAGAUAGAAAGAUAAAAUAGGUAUCAAUGGAAAGGAAAUACUGAGUCCUUUCUAAUGAUAUAAGUUUCAUUAAUAUAUAACAACUUUGAAAUUUUUAGUGUAGUACCUAAUACUAUACUAUACAGUAUAUUUUUAUAUACAGGCCUAUUAAUUGAUAAUUUGUUAGUAUUAGUAGUUAGUACUUUGUAGCAUGGUAUUCGCUGGAAUUCUCACUGAUGCUUUUCUUGACAAUAAUGACGGCAUUCCCAUAAUAAGAUACACAGCUAUUUGAGCUAUUGAGCUAUAGAUGGAAGGCUAUUUAAUUUUAGGACUUAGGAGACUGAAAGCCAUAUGACUAUGACGGUUAAAGUAAAGAAAGGGUAUAUUCGCUGACACUUCACCCUAAAUACAAGCUCGCCUCUGAAAAUGCAGCAAAUACUUUAUCGCUUUGCUAAGGCCUGCAACAACUACAGCCUUCUUCUCAAUACAAAAAAAACAACAGAUCAUGCACCAGCCAGCUUCAGGAAAAGCUUACUGUGGCUUACAAAAAACCUAGUAUAUCAGUGAAGGGAUAGAAUCUCCAAGCAGUGGAAAAAUUCACGCAUUGGGGCAACACCCUCUUCUUGUCAGCAACAAUAUAUUAUGAGAUCAAUAACUAAAUUUCCAAGGCAAAUUUUGCAUUCAGAAGACUCCUCAAGAGUGUCUGAGACCCAAGGGGUCUCAGUCUUGUAACUAAGCUGAAAGACUAUAUAGGGUAGUCAUAUUAAUAUCUCUCUUGUCUGCUAGGGAGACUUGGACAGUGUACAGCAGACAUGCUAGACAAAACUAAACCAUCUCUACCUACAUUGUCUAAAUAAACUUCUUGGCAUAAGGUGGCAGGACAAAUUUCCUGAUACAGAAGUCUUAAAAGAAGCUUACUUAUGGUGACCAGAUUUUUCUGUUGGGGGCACACCCCGGCACCGACCCAAGCCAAAAAACAAUUGGUGAAAAUUAACUGAAAGACAUGUUUUCCUGAAGGGCAAAUAAGAAAUUCAUUAUUAUACAUUAUAUUGCAUAAUGUAUGUUAGACACCUACCGAAACCUUAUGUUGUGUUAAUCAGUAAUUGCGGGUGAAAUUUUUGUGAACAAUCAAGUAGAAAAGUACCAGAUAAAUGUCACUUUUUCAAAGUUCAUAAAAAAUAAAAACUGCUUGUAAAUAACUAACUACUAACAAUAACAAUUGACAUGUUGUUAAAAAAAUAACAAUUGACAUGUUAAAAAAAAGAAAAGAAUAAAUUGAUCACAACCGACAUAUGUCAGAAAUAUGAAGGAUCAACAAGUCAAUUGUAAUUAUUAAUUUCAUAAUCAUGACACACUUAUAUUUCUGAGAUGUGUAGAUAGCUCUUAGGACACCAGGAUUUUUUAAUAACAUAUCAUUAAACUUGUCACAUGAAUCACUGAAAUUGUAUUUGACAACCAGGAUAUGUAUCAAUGUUGUAUCAAUGUAUCGACUUUGAGUUGCUAUUUAUCUGGUGUCCACAUGUUGUUAAUCAGAGAAAAGAAUCUUUCAGUGGGAGCUCUUGUUCCUGUCUAGGACAAGGUACUCAGUUCGUAGAAAAUGACACAGGCCGGGACAUUUUCUGAUUUUUCGGGAUUGAUGAUAUGGGUGGUGCAAAAAUAGGGACUGUCCUGGGUAAACUGGGACAUUUGGUCACUAUAGCUUACUUUAUCAGCAUCUAAAAGUUCCUACAAAAAUACCAGAUGGGCGGGGCAUGUUGUGAGAAUACCAUACAGCAGACUUCCUUAACAACUAAUGUUCUGUGAACUCUCCAGAGGGAAGCGCUCAGCUGGUGGGCAGAAAAAAACCCUCAAAGGACUCUCUAAAAGCUUUACUCAAAUCCAUGGACAAAUACCUUAAUUCGUGGGGAAAAUUUGCUGGCGAUGUAUACUCUCUUUUGGAGCACAAGCCUCAGAGAGUAAACGCUCCACUCAUGGGAAAAGCAGUAUUGACUCCAAUACAACUAGGACCCCAAAAUACGUAGGACUUUCCAGCACAAAUAGGAUUGGCAAGCCACCUGCGCACUCACUGUUAAAUAAAGCCUUUGUCAUCUUAAUGAUUAUUUUAUUCAAAUUUUAAGCUUUCUCACUGGUAUUGCCAGGUAAUUGAGUGGUAACUGUGUACUCCCUUUGUGUUCUCUCACAGUCAGCUCAAAUUUUAAAAUUUGUCUGACUGACAUGCACAAAUAAUAGCUUGAUAUAGCUGGAUUUAGCCUUCCAAAGAUGAUCUUUAUAUAAUUAAGUUUAUAUGUAAAGAGAAAAGUAAUACAUUUUUAGUGCUUACUCAGGCUUUAUUAGGCCCGUGCUUUGUAGGUCUUUAAUUCUUGUCGCCUAUACUAUAAAUUGUGAAAGGACAAUCAAAAUUUAUCUCCCCAGAGGAACUUAAAAAAAGACCACCAAGGCCAAGACUAGUAAGUCUAAACCAAAAAGUGAAAACAUUAAAAUUAAUGUGUUCAAUUUUUAAAGGAAAUUAUACAUUAUUUCAAGUUUUUGUUAUUUAAGUGUCGUGAAAACUUGUUGGUGUGAUGCUCUUGACAUUUAAGGUUAAGGAUUCACUCCGCUAAGGCUCACCUAGGAAACACAUUUAUUUAUGAAUGGCAAAGCACUGGUAAGGACUUACUUUAACAGUUGCUUCAACUUAAAUUAUGACUGAAUUUAAAAAAAAAAAAAAGUAGGUAAUGGUUCACUAGGUAUGAAAAUGAAAUCAAUAUUUCACCAAGAUUCUUUAGAAACCUUAAAUUUGAGGGGGAGUGUGCCAUGUCACUGAGCUGUUGUAUAUUCAUUAUUUUUGUUAUAUAGGCCUGUGGUUUAAUAUAUAUAGUUACUUACAUUUUAGGAUUCCUUGAACACAGUCAAUGAAGUGAAGAAAUGGCUCCCAUCCAUCAUGAGAGACAUUGAGUUUUAUGUUACAGUAAGUUUCAUUUUACUUCCCAACUAAUUCUUUAACUCAAGCAGCCCCAAAUCAGUCAUUCAGAGCAACCCAUUUUUGCUUUAUGAAUACCAAGUAAUCCCAUAACAUUUGCCUUAAACCACCAGAUAUGAUUUUGUAUUGCUGAAGAUAGUUUUAUUGUGAGAAAUGGGGUAAUUUUUAAUUUCAUUUACUCCAUUUUAAGUUGAUAGUUUUAAGUUGACAUAGGGUUGUGGAAUGAGGGCAUGUCAUCCAAAACAAACUUUUUUAGUUAAGUUUUGUUGAUUUUAUUUGUACAAUCGGGAAAUUUUCUUUUUAAAGAACAACUUUUACUUUUUAGCAAAUGGAAGUAUCUUGUUAUCCAAAGCGACAAAUUGAAGAGUUUGAGAGGCGCAUUGAUAAUCUACGUGGAGAGUACAAGGCCUUUGUGCGCAAAAUACGUCAGCUUGAACCAGAGUCUGAACUGACUCCUUGGUCUGACAAGCCUUAUGUUGGGAAGCAGCGUAAGCUUGAAUUAAAAUCAUUUCAAGAAGAUUGUGGUGAGUGCCCGUUCUUCUUAUGUUAAAGAGUUAAAGUCUAUGAACUUAGAGAUCUGAAUUAAGGAGACAUUUUAUUAAAAUAUUCAAAAGUAUAAAAUAAAACUCUUAGUGAAAAUAAACAUUGAAAUGGCUUUUGAAAUGUUAUCAGCUUGUCAAAUAAUUUGUAUCACUGCAGCCACUCGUAAAUUAUCUGCUGUAGUAAAUUAAAAAUAUACAACAAGGGCAAACUAACUGGAUGUUAUUCUUUGGGUUUGGAAGUAUAGUCUUGUGUCAAUUGUAACCAAACCUCAGUAACUGCCCAUGGUGGAUUUUAUUGGAAUGAUAAAACAAUAGGUGAAGAGUCAAGAGGAUUUCAGCUUAAGCCUCAAUAAAUGAAAUUGCUCUAAAACAAUAUUGUCAGAUGUAUCAUUGUUCGUGACAUGCCACUUUAAAUAAAAGAACAAAUACUAAUAGUCCUCAAAAGUUUUAAAACCAAAAUACAGGUGACAAAAUAAAAAGAUUUGUAGUUAUCAUCUUUACCAUCACUAGUAAUUGUCCAUUAUUUCUUCACUAUUUUUCCAGAUCCUGUUGAGUCAUCAGCUAAUGAACCUGCCCCAUCUUUUAAUUUGAAUCAGCAAAACAACCCCAUGACCUUUAUGCCCAUAGCUACACCGGUGCUUAUCUCUGAUCAUGUCUACAAGAGCUGCUAUGGCUAUGAGGCUAAGAAAAGUCCAGACACCACAUCAAUAAGUUUAGUCGUUCAGGACAAGCCACUUGACUUUGAUUUCUCAAAGAGGGUUUUUCGAGAUGGUGAGUUAGAGUUAAAGGAAGCAGAAUAUUCAAAAGAAAGCAGUUCAGAAGAAAGAAUUCAUGAUGGUGUCACUGACUUGGACAAAAAGCAGCCCCAAGAAAAUGGACGUCAUAAACUUUCAGAUGCAACAGAUCCUGGAAGUCUAGUCACCAAGAAACAGCAGAGCUUCACUGGUGUGGAGGUGCGAGGGUCACUGAACAUUCCAUAUGCAGAUUCAUCUUCUGAAGAAGAUGGAGUGACUUGAAAGAGAAAAACUUAUCUCACAUCAGGUAAUCCUAAUUGCCAAUACAAGUGUGAGGCUAUAUGGUACUCUACCACUUUUUACAUUUAUUAAUAUUAUAUCAACUUUAUUUUUUGUGUGUUUGGUAGGGUCUAACAUGCAGGGGUUAAAAGUUAAAGUGUUUUCAUUAGUACAUUUCACAGUAAUUACCCUACAUAAAUAUAUGUUGAUGGGUCAACUUUGUAAUCAUUUUGUAAUGUUUAUCUUCAAAAUCAUAGGUGAUUUUAACAUGCAAAAUUUUUUUAAAACUUAUUACCUUGUUAUAUUAGAUGAAUUGACUCAGACAAGACUAGAAAUUUUGUUAACAUCUGAGCCGGAUGUUGCCUCACACUUGAUUUAUGGUGGUCAGGUUUUAUUCUGAGUGGUCAACAUUCUCAAAAGCAGAUUAACGUACAGUUCAGGAUGACAUGACAAAAGAAAGUCAUAAUUGUACUUAUGGUCCGAUUUUUAUCUUAAAAGCUAACAUUCUCAAAAGCAGAUUAACGCACAGUUUGGGAUCUCUUGAGGCCACAUCGCCAACCGGCACUUUGACAACACCAUGUCUGCCCAUGGGCUGUUAAUGUGGACUCAUUCUGCUGGGUCGGGUUUCUGUUCUGUGGAAUAUCUGUUGUUAUGAAUCGGGUGUCUUUCUGUCUUCUGGGGGUUGACAGCCCCAUAAAAUUGAACAAAGUCACCUGUUAUGGCAACAACAGUUUCAGAUUACAUUUUUUAAAAACGAGAACCCUGAUUCAACUUACACAGGGUGUGCCUUUUUAGAGAUGUGGUGUUUCAGAACAGUGCAGAUGCUGACCAGUAAAAGAAAACUUUGAUCUUUGGAAGUGUAUUUAAAGGCAUUGGUUAGUUAUUUAAAAGCUGUUGGCAUGCAUUGUUUUGAGAAUAUUUUUGGUUGCCAUCAAGCCAAAAUAACUUUGAUCCUAAUUAUCGUGCUAAAGUAACUUUGUCUUUAUCCAAAUAAUUGUACUAAAGUAUCUUUGUCUUGAUCCUAAUGAUCGUGCUAAAGUAACUUUGUCUUUAUCCAAAUGAUUGUGCUAAAGUAUCUUUGUCUUGAUCCUAAUGAUCAUGCUAAAGUAACUUUGUCUUGAUCCUAAUGAUUGUAAUCACAUUUCAAAAGGAAAUAAAAGUAAUAAACUGAGAUUCAUUUCUCUUUAAUUAAAAAUCUAAUGCAAAUGAUUAAA